AUGCACACCAAGGAACGUUUACAGACUCUGAGAGACAAACAUGAAGCUCUCACAGAUGACUCGUGUACCAAAUGUGAAUAUGGCUGGGAGCAGCAUGGAAGACAGUGUUAUUAUUUCUCCACCAAUCGUUUAACCUGGAGUGAGAGCAGAGAUGAAUGCCGACAGAAAGGAGGAGAUCUGGUACAGAUAGACAGCAGAGAGGAGCAGACAUUCCUGGAGCUGAAAGUGAGAGAAAAAAUGAACAAUGAUGAGGACAUGUUCUGGAUCGGACUGACAGACUCAGAGAAAGAGGGCACAUGGUUGUGGGUAGACGGCUCACCACUGAACGAGAGUUUGACAUUUUGGAGAGAGAAUGAGCCAAAUAACUACCCAUGGAGAGAUCGCGAUGGAGAGGACUGUGUGAAGAUGGGAUUGAUAACAGGAGCUCCAGAUCUGAAAUGUUGGUUUGAUCAGUCCUGCAAAGAAGCUUACAGAAGUAUUUGUGAGAGACCAGCAGAAACUGGACAUUUUACUCUUCAGUGUGUCGGAAAUGUAGUUUAAAUGAAGUCUCAGCUUGUUAAACAAUCUCAGAACAGGAUACAGAAUUUGGAGCGGUUUCAUUUUUAUAUAUGUAAUUUUAAAAUAAAUGAAUAAAUAAGGAAACUAUUAAAAUGCAGUUUGUUUAAUGUGCCCAACAAUACUAUUAUAUAUUAUAUCAUCAGAUUAUAGUUACUCAUGUAUUAAUGGAAAAGUAGAUUUUUACUGUCAUAGUUUGUUGAGGUGAAGCACAUUUCUAACUGUUAUAUAUUAUAUUAUUACAUUAAUUGCAGUCCAUGUAUAUGAUUAUUUUCACAAUUCAAUGUUUUUACAUGAAAAAUUACUUAAACAAUUAUCACCAGUUUAUUUUCUGUUAAUCAACUAAUCAUUUCUGCUGUACCUGUAUACUGUUGGGUAGUGUAGUAUAAAAUUUAGUGUAGGUUAGUGCAUAUUAUAAGUUAGUAAUCAAGUAAUUACACAAAAGUUUGGAUAUUAUGUUGUAAGCACUAUUGUUUGUUCACACAGAUAACUGGAAAUCAAGUAGAGGGCACUAUGUUUUAAGUAAUGAUGAUUUUGAGUGUUAAGUAGAAUAGAUUUAUAUAAGCUCACAAGGAUGUUAAUGAAGGCAUUAUGUUUUAAGUUUAUAUGAUUUCAUGAUAAGCACUAAUAAUGUUGAUAAAGUAGUAAGCACCAUGUUUUUUUUUUUGUAAAAAUUUGAUUAAACGUGUGGAACAUAUAGAAUGUGUAGUUGUAGC